AGGGAUUUGUCACGUGAGCCAAUAGAAAGGGUAUAAAUUGUUGUUGCAGAAUCACAAAAGAUGCUGAAGGGUUGGCCCAAGAGAAACAUCGGAAAUCGGCUUUAUUAAAGAAGACUGCUGUUCAGGCAGCGCGGCUUCUCCACCCUUCCAGCUAGGAUCUGUAGUUUAUACGACAACAUCAGGGCGCCUUUCGGAUCCCCAUUGGACCCAGCGCUGGAUCUCCCACUGCGCUCCUGCUGCUGCUGCCGCUGCUGUUCCAUCACCAGCUCCUCUACGCCAAGGGAAGAGAAGAUCUGAUUUCCGUGCCAUGUGCAGAACGACAUGUAUGUGUGAUUUCACACGGUGACAGUGUAGAGGAAUGGAGCAGUUGUCAUCAAAUUCCUGCAGACGCACCGACGGUGAUACAUUGAAGGCUGUCGUGUAGAGAGAGGACCUUCAUACGCAGCAGCGGCCAAUCUGAGAGACACGUUUUUAUUUCCAGCGAGAAGGACUAGCGGUCAAGUGUCGCCUCCAUGUCGACCACAACAAUGGGGGAGCAGCCCAUCUACAGCACCCGGGCUCAUGUCUUCCAAAUCGACCCCAACACCAAGAAGAACUGGCUGCCUACCAGUAAGCACGCCGUCACAGUCUCGUACUUCUACGACAGCACGCGCAACGUGUACCGCAUCAUCAGCCUGGACGGCACCAAGGCAAUAAUCAACAGCACUAUCAGUCCCAACAUGACGUUCACAAAGACCUCACAGAAGUUUGGCCAGUGGGCGGACAGUCGUGCCAACACUGUGUAUGGCCUGGGAUUCUCCACUGAGCAUCAUCUCACCAAGUUUGCAGAGAAGUUUGCAGAGUAUAAAGAGGCAGCGAGGCUUGCAAAAGAGAAGAGCCAAGAAAAGAUGGAGAUGGCCACGUCACCAUCUCAGGAGUCUCCAGGAGGUGAGCUCUCAUCACCUUUGACCCCUGUGACUCCCCCCAUGGAAAACAUCAAUGGCACAGAUGAAAUCUGUGACACAACCCCCAACUCAGACACCUCUCCUGGUCCGGCGCAGAACGCGCUGGCAUUUGCACACAGCCCAGCCAUGACAAAACACUGGGAGGCUGAGCUGGAGGCGCUAAAGGGGAACAAUGCCAAGCUAACGGCAGCUCUUCUGGAGUCCACAGCCAACGUUAAACAGUGGAAACAGCAACUGGCUGCCUACCAGGAGGAGGCUGAGAGACUACACAAACGGGUCACUGAGCUUGAAUGUCAGAGCAACCAAACUCCAGUGAUCAAAUCCCAGAAGACUGAACUCAACCAAACCAUAGAGGAACUGGAGAAUACACUAAGAGAUAAAGAAGAGGAAAUGGAGAAGUUAAAAGAGGAACUAGAAAACAUGAAUGACUUAAUGGAGCAGAAAGACACCCUUACCCAGAAACUUGAGGAGACAGAGCUACGCGGGCGUGUGCUGGAGGAGCAGCUGGCAGGAGCUGAGCAGCGACUAGAGGAGAACCAGGAGGAGCAGGAGAACUUUAGGAAGAGCCUGCGGACGCUGCUGGAGCUGCUGGACGGCAAGAUCUUUGAGCUGACGGAGCUCAGAGACACCUUGGCACGGCUCAUAGAGGAGGCCAGCUAGAGUCAAAGUUUCCACAUCUCCACAGACAGAGCCAUAUAAUGAUUUAUAGCCCUACACUCCCAACUCACCUUUCCAACAUGCACCUGAUUUUCCAAACACACACCCCCACUAACUCAAACUGCUACAAUACACUGCCCCGGUUCUGAUUUUGCUCAAAAAGGGCAGCUAACCCUUCUUUUAUAACUUGCAGGCAUCAAGUUCCAACCGACCGCAGGCACUCCUGUAGUUCAAGACAACGCAGGGACUACCUCAUCUUGCCUUCUGAUUGGCUGGUGUAGGCGUAACCUCGGUUGAAUUGAUCCCCCUCAGUUGUAAUGAUGCCACUGCAACUGCCCCCGAAGCCCCCACCACCCACCCACCCACAGAUUUAACUUGAGAACUGUGCCUCAGUGCCAUCUGCUGUUUGACUGGGAGAGCUGCAGCACAGCUUGCAGCAUCACAACCACCCCCUUUUCUUCCUCGCUAAACUGCCCCCCCAAGGGGAAUGUUGAAAGUCAUGUGGAAAUAAAUGCUGUUAAGACUCAGAGAACUGCGCCAAAGCUGCCAAAUCCCCCUGAAAUAUUGUCCUCUGACAAGCAGAUGCUUUGAUCCAAAGUGACUUACUGUACAGAAAAGCUCUACUGAGUGAAACAGAGAAACAGAGUCUUAUGUCUGAGCUCGGGCUGCCAGCGGGUCGUCACUCGAAGAAUUAAAAGACGACUCUCGGUCGUACCUGUUGGCCCGUGUUGAUUUUAGAGCUGCUUCUCAGUCUGGCCCCACAAGGCUGCUGGGAAAUAAAUCUCCAUUUGAAAUGAAUGACUGCUAUACAAUAUCCACAGCCUAUUGAAAACCCUAUCAUAUAGAUGAGUAUUGAAUCUUCCAGAGGCAGCGUGAAUGCCACACUAAAAAUUUAGAUUUGACAUGAAGUUCCUGUAUCCAGACAGCUUCCACCAUCGAUGACAGCUGACCUGUCUUCCUGCCAAACUCAGUGUGCUGUGUGUUUCAGAACAAGGCCUGACCCGCGACAAAGCGUGUGCCUUCAAAGCACACAUGCGUGGACACAUGUUUGUAUAUAAAAUGUGUGUGUAUGCGUGCGUGUGUUUUGUGCUGUGAGAGAAAGACCAUGCUACUGGAUGUUAAGGCCUUCACACACACACUGAGCAAUACCAGACAGGCUCUAUACAACACCUCUAUGUAACUCUAUCAGGUACUCUACUCAGCGGACUCAUGCAGAUAGGUCAAAUGCAACUCAGCUCAACCCCUUCCUCUUCCCCCUCCAACAGAAAGUGUACUACUGACCGCGAACCUGUGUGGCAGCCCUGUCUGGAAGAAGUAGUGCAUCAUGAAGGGCUUAUAGAGUGUCAUCGUAGUGUUUGUAGAUCUCUGAAAGCAGAUUUUCACUCCACACGGGCAACCACAGAACUGUACUCAGUUUCUAAACUUUUCUACACAGAAUAUAACACUAAUGACAUAAUAACAGAACUGUAUAGGACAACUUUCUACUCAUAACGCCAAUUGUAAAUGAAUGGAUGGAUUACUCAGUUACAGUAACACCCUGCAGUGGCUUAUUGUUGUGUAUUAACCCAUGGAGAAGUAUUGCAUAUAGAGUCAUUAUAGAGUAUACUCUGUAGGUAAACAAUGAAAACCUCUUCAAUAUAUAUUUAAAGUGCGUAACAACACAAUGUAAACAUUCUAUACCAAAACAAACACUUUAUAAGCGGCCCCCUUUCCCAGUACAACAAAUAUCUUAAAAUCUCUUCCUCCAAAAUCACUUUACUACACUAAAUUUAUUAAUGCUGCUUAUCGUACCUUUAUAUUGAGCACCCUGUUUGCACUGUGUUAUUACACUGUUGUAACUACAUUAUAUAUAAAGAGAUUUGCAUUAGCACAGCAUCAUUCUGUAUUUUUUGUAGUUAGGAACACAGGUUAAUACACUGGAAUAAGACCCAUGUAAAGGGACAAGUUACCUUUUUUUCUGGUUUAUCUUUGACAGUCGAAUGACAGAUGGAAUCCUUAAUAUUAAUGCUAUUGUUCAUGAAUGCCUUUGUACAGUAGUGGAUAAGAAGCUUUUCAUUCUCCUGUUUUGUAACUUAUGGUAUUUAAAUGUAGGUAUUAUUAUUAUUAUUAUUGUAUUUAGAGGUAUGAGAAGACUGGCAAUAUUUUUGACUAUUUAAAGUAAUUUUGAACUCAUGAUAUUAAAGAAGUACCUCAGGCUAAGAUGUGUGUACAUUGGUGAGAAUUGUGUGUUUGCAGGUGAAAGGGUUUACCAAAUGUUGGUAAAAAAUAAUAAAAAAUUAAAAAAAAAAAAAAAAAAAAAAGAACAGGAGACACCUGUUGGUGCUGCAGCCAAACUUAAUCCUUUGUUGAACUCAUACAAAGACAGUCCUACCAGGCUGAAAACAACUAUGUGA